AUGGUCGUCAUCGCCACAGCAAUGAUCACAUGCUAUGCAAAACCCGACGAUUUGGAGAGCGCACGGCAGAUGUUUGAUGGAACGACCGGGCGAGAUUGCGUCUUACCACAACUGGUUCUUGUUUGUUUGUGCAGAUUUACUUUCAGAAGAGUUAUAAGAAAGGGAAGUACUGAGGAGUUUUCGUGUAUUCCUUAUAUCAUAGCUCUGCUGAAUUGCCUCCUAUAUACAUGGUUCAGUAUGCCAGUGGUAAGCAAAGGUUCGGAGAACUUUACAGUGGCCACCAUUAAUGGCUUGGGAAUCCUGCUUGAGAGCUCGUUCAUUAUAAUCUAUAUAUGGUUUGCAUCACCAAAACUUAAUGGCUUGGGAAUCCUGCUUGAGAGCUCGUUCAUUAUAAUCUAUAUAUGGUAUUUGUUUCGAGCUUUCUGUUGCAUGAUCACCCUCAUCGAAAAGGUAAUUGUUCUGUUCGGUAUGACUGUAUUUGUUUCGAGCUUUCUGUUGCAUGAUCACCCUCAUCGAAAAGUGUUUGUUGGAAGCAUCGGACUUGUAGCUUCUAUAGCCAUGUAUGGUUCUCCAUUAGUAACCAUGGUUCGUGCUCUUCCCCUUCACCAUGUUAUUCACUUUAGCCUGAUACUCUUGAUUAUAACACGAAGUCUAGCACAAAACCUGGCGUAUGUACCAUAUAUAAUAACAGCGUUAGUUGCACAUAGACCCUUGUAGUUUUGUUGUUUUGAACCUACUACAUCUGUUGUUCGAUUUAUUAGAUAGAUCUCCUG